AUGUACAAAGCUUUGUCUGACGAACUCUGGGUUUUAGGACAAAUUUUCAUGCGUGCAAACCGUAUUAUCCUGCCCGAAAACCUGUGGAAACAGACCUGGUCACUAGCGCACGAGGGACACCAGCGUAUUACCCGCACCAAGGCACGACUACGAGAAAAAGUUUGGUGGCCAAACAUGGACAAACAAGUGGAACAACUUGUUAAAGCUUGCUAUCAAUGUCAAGUAGUCGGACCACGAACCAAACCAGAACCCAUACGAACCACAACACUACCCGAAGGUCCUUGGAACGACAUUGCAGCAGAUCGCCUCGAAAUUCCAGGUGGUAACCACCUCUUAGUAGUGAUUGAUAACUUCUUCCGAUGGCCCGAAGUAGUCCUCGUUAAGAAGACUGAAGCACAGCACAUAAUUACAGCAAUGGAAGGCAUAUUCAGAACACAUGGUCUUCCUCAAUGUAUCCGAACUGAUAAUGGACCACCCUUUGCAUUGAAAGAGUUUGAAAGUUUCUUGCAACAUCUCGGAAUUGAACACAAGAAAGGUAUCUCAUACUGGCCCCAAAGCAACGCAGAAGUUGAGAGAUGCAACCAGACAAUCCUGAAAGCAAUCCGAAUUGCCAUCCUUGAAGGAACGAGCUGGAAAAUAGCACUGGAGAACUUUCUCUUUCAAUAUCGAACAACCCCCCAUUCUACAACUGGUCUAUCACCAGCCAAACUACUGAUGGGCAGAACGCUUCGCGACAAACUGCCUCGAUUAACAAUUCCCGAGGACAGAGCAACCGAAGCAGAAUGGCAACAACGCCUGAGAGAAAGAGAUGCCCUAAAUACACUUAGACAAAAAAAGUAUGCUGAUAAAAAAGAUCUGCAGAACACAGCAUUAUUGAGCAGG